AUGCAGGUGGCCAAGGAUGCCGGGGCAUUGCUCUCAUACGACCCCAACCUCCGGCUGCCACUGUGGCCCUCAGCUGACGAGGCCCGGAAGCAGAUCAUGAACAUAUGGGACAAGGCAGAUGUGAUCAAGAUCAGUGAUGUUGAACUCGAGUUUCUCACAGGGAAUAACAAGAUUGAUGAUGCUUCUGCGAUGUCCCUAUGGCACGACAAAUUGAAGCUUCUCUUGGUGACCCUUGGAGAAAAGGGAUGCAGAUAUUACACUAAGAAUUUCCAUGGAUCAAUUGAUGGCUACCACGUCAAGGUGGUGGACACAACAGGAGCUGGCGAUUCUUUUGUCGGAGCUCUUCCCUGUAAGAUUGUCAACGAUCAUGGCAUUAUCCAGGACGAGCCUAGAUUGAAGGAAGUACUUAAAUUUGCAUGUGCCUGUGGAGCAAUCACCAUGGCAAAAAGGGGAGCCAUCCCAGCUCUACCAACCGAGAAAGAAGUCCUCACUCUUCUUAAAGGAGGAAAAUAG